AUGGCAGCUCCUAUCGCCACCGUCUCCGACUCGCGCACUACUCAGUCACUCAAUCUCAUCGCAGCUCAUUCACACAUCCGUGGUCUGGGCGUCACUCCGGACACACUCACUCCAAAACCUACAGCGGAUGGCCUGGUGGGACAGCAAAAGGCCCGCAAGGCCGCCUCGGUGAUCUUGCAGAUGGUGAAGGAGGGCAAGAUUGCUGGGCGAGCGGUCUUGAUAUCAGGCCCACCCAGCACAGGAAAGACUGCGAUCGCGAUAGGCAUGAGUAAAGGCUUGGGAGAGGAUGUGCCGUUCACCAUGCUGGCCAGCUCAGAGAUCUUCAGUCUGGAGAUGAGCAAGACGGAAGCACUUGAGCAGGCAUUCAGGAAGAGCAUCGGUGUGAGGAUACGGGAAGAGAGUGAGGUCAUUGAGGGUGAGGUCGUGGAGAUCCAGAUUGAUCGAUCGGUCACUGGCAGCAACAAGAGCGGGAAGCUGACGCUGAAGACAACGGAUAUGGAGACCUUGUACGAUAUGGGCACGCGCAUGAUCGACAGCAUGACGAAAGAGAAGGUCAUGGCUGGAGACGUUAUUAGCAUCGACAAGGCUUCCGGGAGGAUAACGAAGUUGGGCCGGAGCUACACAAGAAGCAGAGACUACGACGCCAUGGGCCCGGACACGAAGUUCGUGCAAUGUCCCGAUGGUGAGUUGCAAGUACGACGGGAGACUGUUCACACUGUCUCGCUGCAUGAGAUCGACGUCAUCAACAGCAGAACGCAAGGCUUCCUCGCUCUUUUUUCAGGUGAUACAGGCGAGAUCAGGAGUGAGGUCCGAGAACAAAUCAACACGAAAGUUGCGGAAUGGCGAGAAGAAGGCAAGGCUGAGAUUGUGCCGGGCGUGCUCUUCAUCGAUGAGGUGCACAUGCUGGAUAUCGAAUGCUUCUCUUUCAUCAACCGAGCACUCGAGGACGAACUAGCACCAAUAGUGAUCAUGGCAUCGAAUCGUGGCUCCACAACGAUUAGAGGAACGAACUACAAGAGUCCGCACGGCCUACCACUCGACUUUCUAGACCGCGUAGUCAUCAUCUCCACACAAACGUACUCCGAAGACGAGAUCCGCGAAAUCCUCUCAAUACGAGCACAGGAGGAAGAAAUCGACAUUUCACCCAACGCACUCGCGCUGCUCACAAAGUUCGGCGCGGAGACCGGGCUGAGAUAUGCCAGCAACAUCAUCACGACAUCGCAUCUUCUUGCUCAGAAGCGGAGAGCGAAGGAGGUGGAUGAGCAGGAUGUUCGGAGAAGCUAUAUGCUUUUUUAUGAUCCGAAUAGGAGUGCUAAGUUCGUGGCGGAGUUUGAGAAGAGGUUUAUUGGUGAGGAUGGUGGUGUGACGCUGGGUGGGGUGAAUGGGCAUAGUAAUGGGGAUGCGAUGGAGGUGUCUUAG